UUUCACCGAAGAGGGAUCCAGUAUCCACGAUUCAAAGGAGCGGAAAUGGCGCUCUCCCCUGAGAAUCUCACCAUUUCGACUUCUAAUUUUCUAGGGUUAUUCCAAUUCUAAGAUCUAAAUAUCUAUUGCAAUUUGGUGGUCUGGGUGGAUUGAUUGGAGGGAGUUAUGGAUUCGGCGAGGAGUUGGCUUACUAAGCUUCAGCCACGAGAGAAAUCUACGAGCAAGAGGAGAGAAGACGGAAAGGAAUCAAGGGAUGGGUCGAAACCGCCGAUAAUAGCCGACGAGGCGCCGUCAUCUGCGACGAAGCAGAGAGUUGCUGCUGCGAAGCAGUACAUUGAGAAGCAUUACAAGGAGCAGAUGAAGAAUUUGCAGGAGAGAAAGGAGAGAAGAGACACACUGGAGAAAGAGUUGGCUGAUUCUGAUGUGUCUGAAGAAGAGCAGAAUAAUAUUCUCAAACAUUUGGAGAAAAAGGAAACAGAAUAUAUGCGCAUCCAGAGACAUAAGAUGGGCGUUGAAGAUUUUGACUUGCUGACAAUGAUAGGAAAGGGUGCAUUUGGCGAGGUCAGGGUUUGUAGGGAGAAGGCAACGGGAAACGUGUAUGCGAUGAAGAAACUCAAGAAAUCAGAGAUGCUACGACGAGGCCAGGUUGAGCAUGUUAGAGCUGAGAGAAAUCUUCUUGCUGAGGUCGAUAGCAACUGUAUAGUAAAGCUUUAUUGUUCUUUCCAAGACAGUGAGUUUUUGUAUCUUAUUAUGGAGUACCUACCUGGUGGAGACAUGAUGACAUUGCUUAUGCGAAAGGACACAUUGACUGAGGAUGAGGCCAGGUUUUAUGUCGGAGAGGCAGUCCUCGCCAUUGAAUCUAUUCACAAACAUAACUACAUUCACAGAGAUAUCAAACCUGACAAUCUGCUAUUAGACAGAUUUGGUCACCUAAAGCUCUCAGAUUUUGGGUUAUGUAAACCAUUAGACUGCAGUAACUUUCCGAAUCUGAAUGAAGCACAAGGCAAGAAUGACAGUGGGGCCCUACAAAAUGAUGGAAGUCCUGCUAUACCGAAGCGCUCACAACAGGAACAGCUACAACACUGGCAAAAGAACAGAAGAACUCUGGCCUACUCUACUGUUGGCACACCUGACUAUAUUGCUCCUGAAGUCUUGUUGAAAAAGGGUUAUGGGAUGGAGUGUGAUUGGUGGUCGCUCGGUGCUAUUAUGUAUGAGAUGCUUGUGGGGUAUCCUCCAUUUUAUUCUGAUGAACCAAUGACUACAUGUAGGAAGAUAGUAAAUUGGAGAUCACAUUUGAAAUUUCCAGAAGAAGCUAGGUUAACUCCAGAAGCUAAAGAUCUUAUCAGUAAACUUUUAUGCAAUGUUGACCAGAGACUUGGCACAAAUGGUGCUGAUGAAAUAAAGGAUCAUUCUUGGUUUGAAGGUGUCCAAUGGGACAACUUAUAUCAAAUGGAGGCUGCAUUUAUACCAGAAGUGAAGGAUGAAUUGGACACCCAAAAUUUUGAAAAGUUUGAAGAGUCUGACAGCCAUGCCCAAACUUCGUCAAGAUCAGGCCCUUGGAGAAAGAUGCUUUCCUCAAAGGAUAUAAAUUUUGUUGGUUAUACAUAUAAGAACUUUGAAAUUGUCAAUGAUCAUGAAGUGCCUGGGAUAGCUGAACUAAAGAAGAAGACAACAAAGGCUAAGAGGCCAUCGAUCAAGUCCCUUUUUGAAUCUCCAGAAGAGGACCAACAAGCACAUGAAGAAUCUGGUCAAGGGAGCUUCGUGAUUCGUUCUCAACUAGAUAUAUUCCAGAAUGACAGGUCAUCUGCUAUAUAAACGAAAAACCUUUGAUCUGUAUGGACUCCGGAGGCUUAUAAACUUCAUGAAAUUCCAAAAUCCAGCUUAAUAAACCCCUACCUGGUACAGUUGGAAUUUUAGGGGCCUGAGCUUCGUGGAAAUUCAAUCAUUUGUGCAGAGAAAUUAGAAGAAACAGAGGAAGCGAACAAAUUCAUUGGUAUAGGAUCAGGAUAUUUUAAACUUGUUUUCUGCAAAGUAAAUAUCGAUUCUUUUACAAGUGAUCGAUAUCAUUACCAUUUUUACCAUUUUCUUUUUCUUAACCAGGAAAGUGUAUAUACCUUCCAUACUGUUCUACUACUGAAUGAUGGAGAAAUGUGAUUGCUGUGCAUGUAUUCAAACUGACCAAUUAAUUGGUUGAAAUAUCAAUAUGAAAAAAUGGCUGCUGAUGCCAUGUAAAUUCAGCAAAUA